AUGGUGGUGUUGGCUGUGCUGGUGCUGUUUGUGCUGGUGUUGUUAGUACUGGCACUGCUAAAGGUGCUGGUGAUGGAGCAGGCACUAGGUGUCAUAGUAGUACAGAAGAUGGUGCAGGCUGUGGUGUUUAUUGCGAUAAUGGUGCUAGUGUUGCGGCUGCUGCUGAUGAAGCUGAGAAUUGUUAAAUUAUGGCAGGCAGGCAGGCAGGCGGGCAGCAGGCGGCGCCUCAGACGGCUCGACGGGACCCCUCGGCGCUGCUCGCUGCCCGCCUCAGCCGGCCGCCGCUGUAUCAAUGUUGUUGCUGGCGCCGCGGCGUCUGCUGAAGGCCGCAGCACGGAGCCGAGCCGAGCCGCGCUGUGUGUAUUCAGCUCACGCCCCGGCCCGGCGCGGCCUGCGCAGGUGUCGCCCGAGCCGCCGGCUGUUUGCGAAAUUAGCUACGUAAACCCCUCACGUGCUCAUCCAAUUACAAAGGCAGCCGCGUGCAAAUUGAACUCGGUGCCGCCGCGCGAAUAUUCUCUUUGUGGCAAAGGCGGCACGCCCCCGGUCCCGCCACCACCUCCCCCAGCUACACCCCCGCCUCUGCCCGGCGGUCCAGGCCCGCUCCUUUCCCUUCAGGCGGGUGACGGAAGGACAAGAACCACACGACACCCACCCACGCCUUCACCCCCACCUCCAUCUACACCACCGCGUCCAUCCACGCUGCCUCUGUCCCCGCGAGCGAUUGUUUUGCCGCGCAGUCCUCUGUCCGAGGAUGCGGCUUAUUUAGCUGUCUCCGUCCAGCCCAUACGUUCCCAGGAACGGUACGUUUGUAACGAUGCCUGCAUCCGCAACCUAUAA